GCAGACCCUUGUGUAUAUGUCUGCAAAUGACAGUCUCCUCUGUAAACGCGUACAAUAAAAAUAGGGCCGAAGUCAGGCACACCGGAUCGCUGGUCCUACAUGCGCCCUAGAUGUAUUUACCGAUGCAAACCACGAACACUGCCAGAUACACCUUAUAUCCAGAAUCAUCUUCCCCAAAAAACUCCCGACAAUCGGAUCCCAAACAGAACCAAGAACUUGACAACAUGGCCUCACCAUACUGGAUCCAAACCGAAGACUGGCACACAGCAGGCGAGCCCUUUCGAAUCGUCGCCCAGCUUCCCAGCGGUUCUCUGCCAGAUGCACCCUCGGUUGCUGAGCGCCGCCUUGUCAUUCUCAAUAUCCCCAACCACCCACUCGAGAUACUGCGCCAACAGCUGUGCCACGAGCCUCGAGGCCAUUCUGACAUGUAUGGUGGAUUCAUCACUCCACCUGACGACCCCGGUGCGCAUUUCGGCGUCCUGUUCUGGCACGCCGACGGCUUCUCUACAGCAUGUGGUCAUGGGACCAUGGCACUGGGGUACUGGGCAGUUACUCAGGGACUGGUGAAGGCGCCUAAAGGUGAUGGGGUCGUGGAUGUGGUCGUGGAUGUUCCCUCUGGUCGUGUUGUAGCCGCUAUUACCGUAAAGCAAGGCAAGCCAGUCCAUGCAGACUUUGUGAACGUACUGAGCUACCAGCUGGAGAGGGACCUAUCAGUUCAGGUGCCUUCGAGAGGUAUCAGCAUUACAGCAAACUUGACAUUUGGUGGCGCAGUAUAUGCGACGGUCGAUGCGGCACAGUUUGGGCUGCGGGUAGAGCCGAAAAAUGCGAACCAGUUCAUCGAUCUAGGGAGGGAGAUCAAGAAGACUCUGGGGACGAGAGCGCAGUAUGGCACGCAUGACUGCUACGGUGUGAUAUUCUACCACGAGGACGACGCGACCGCGGAUCCUGUUAGGCAGACGAAUGUCACCGUCUUCGCUGAUGGUCAGAUUGAUCGGUCUCCCUGCGGUUCCGGUACAUGCGCAAGGCUGGCAGUAUUAUCAGCUGAAGGCAGAGUGACUGCGGGGAGGUCAAGGCUGAUUCACAGCUCCAUUGUGGGAUCGACUUUCGAGGGUAAUAUAUUGUCGGAGGAGAAGAGUCCCAUCGAGGGUGGUGCAACGGCGUGUAUACCGCGAGUGAGAGGCUGCGCGAACUUGGUGGGGAGGAUGAACUUCUUCAUUGAUCUGGAGGAUCCAGUCCGGCCGUUCACGCUGCGGUAGUAAUGUUGACGUGGCCCUGCUGCGGGCGGCAUCGUGCACGUUGAUCGGUUCAAGACUCGUUACGCUACUGCAUCCACUGCCAAAAAAGCGAGACUGCCUUUUCAAUCCACUGCUGACUAUCCGGUAUCUCCAAAUAAUUCAUUGUCAGGUUCUUCAUAUCGCCCA